GGAAACCAAAAGGGAUGCUAAGGCGGUGCGAUAUGUAUUUCUAUUCGUGCCUCAACCGAGAAAAUUGUAACCGCUUGGUUUUAGUUUUUUUUUCUUCCCUUCUCUCCUUUAAAAACUCUACACUUCCCCCUCUCAUUUUUCUAUCUCUACUGAAUUAAUUUAUACUCUUACAGUUACAUGUUAAACCCUCGUUAUCCCUAACAAUAAUCAAAUUCAACUUUCUUCUUUAAAUUAAGUCAAAUUUCAAUUUCGUGAUGGGAGAAUCAACGUCUACAGUAACUAUGGCGGCGAGUAAUAGUGAUGGUAGUAUUAAUCAUUUGAAUAAUUUGCCAGCUCCUUUUCUGAACAAGACUUAUGAUAUGGUGGAUGAUCCUUCAACUGAUGUAGUUGUUUCAUGGAGUGCUAAUAAUAAUAGUUUUGUCGUUUGGAAUGUUCCUGAGUUUGCUAGGGAUCUUUUGCCUAAGUUUUUCAAGCAUAAUAAUUUCUCCAGCUUUGUUCGCCAGCUUAACACUUACGGUUUUAGGAAAGUUGAUCCAGACCGCUGGGAGUUUGCUAAUGAGGGGUUUCUAAGGGGUCAAAAACACUUGCUGAAAGGUAUUAGCAGACGCAAGUCGGUUCAUGCUCAUUCUUAUCCACAGCAGUCAUCAAUACAAACUGCUUCAGUAAAAUCAUGUGUUGAGGUAGGUAAGUUUGCGCUUGAAGAAGAAGUUGACAGGCUUAAAAGGGACAAGAAUAUUCUUAUGCAAGAACUUGUUAGGUUGAGGCAACAACAACAAUCAACAGAUAACCAGUUGCAGACUGCUGGACAACGUAUUCAAGUUAUGGAGCAGAGGCAGCAACAGAUGAUGUCAUUUCUUGCCAAAGCUAUGCACAGGCCAGGAUUCUUGGCCCAGCUUGUACAGCCGAAAAAUGAUGGCAAUAGACAUGUCACUGGAGUCAAUAAAAAGAGGAGACUUCCUAAUCAUGAUGAAGAAAAUGCUACUAUGGAUAAUUUGAAUGGUUCCCCAUUAGAUGGUCAGAUUGUCAAAUAUCAGCCUUUGAUAAAUGAAGCUGGAAAAUCAAUGCUAAGAGAGAUCUUGAAAUUAAGUGAAAACUCUCGCCUUGACCAAUCACCGAAGGACCCUAAUACGUUUUUGCUUGAUCACGUUCCUGCUGUUCCCGAUGUUAUAGACUGCAGCAGCUCCUCUACACGAACCUCUGGAGUGACUCUUUCUGAAGUGGCACAAUGUUCUAAGCCGCCCAUCUUUGUCGAUGAAGCAGGGUGUUCUAGUAAUCUUGCUUUGAAGUCAGAGAUGCAUACUUCUUGCCCCAUGAUAAGUGAACCAGCUAAAGAAGUUGGCAUUUCAGCAGCUGAUUUAAGCAGUUCUCAAGAAGAUACUUUGUUGUCGGAUUUCAACCAAGUGCAGGGAAUUUUGUCUCAGUGCAGUGUUGAGAUGCCUUUCUCUGUCACUCAGAAUCCUGAUCUUGGUUUCACAGAUUCACUGUCAACAGUAUUAAAUGAAACAUUACCAAUGGACUCUGAUGUCUAUUCUCCUCGUCACCUUCCAGUGAGUGGUGAUGCAUUCUGGGAGCAGUUUUUUUUGUCUGAGAAUACAGAAGAGGUAGAUUCAAGUACACCAGAGGCCAGUAUUGCAAAAGAGCCUGAAAUACACCAGGAGGAAAGGGAGAAGCUCCACCAUGUGAGUAAUCUGAAUGAGCAAAUGGACCUUCUUGCAGCAGAAUUGGAUAAAGUUUGAUCUCAUUUGCCUACUUCAUGCAAGGCUUCACUCUUCAUCAUUUUGGGGGAUAUGCUAAGUUCUACAUGAAAAUGGGAACUCGUGUCAGAGAUGAGUUUGUAUCGGAUACUCUGACUUCACUAUUCUUUGAUGAAUUAUCGAAGUGACAGACCAAUGUUAAAGAGUGUUGAGCAUCUGAUGAGUACCUGAGGUGAAUAGAGUCCAAGUACCAUAGGGUACUUGUAGGCCUGUACAGUUGAUAUUUGUUGAUAGUCACUUUUGUUAAAUUGAUUAUCAAGUCUGGCAAUAUCAUAUGGUCCUGAAUAUGGAUAUGAUAAUGAUAAUCAAGAAAACCCGAGAGGCGGAGGCAUACGUUCACUAGAUGUAUGAUAUAUGAAGUUUAUAUUCUGAUAAGUGUUAAAAGAAGCUUGGUUGGAAAUUAAAUGUUCUCUAGAUUGCUUACAACUGAUCAUUUUCAGGUUUGUGGUACGUCCAAAGCAUUAAUGAUGUAAAGCAUGAAAGAAUUUCAAUUAUCUUCAAAUUUGUAUCAAUAAAUUUCUUUUUUGUGCUACAUCAGAUUACCUAAUGAGAGUUGAGAUUAUGCAUCUCAUUUUGUUUAUA